GUUUCCGCACGGAAGGCUUAGGCAGCUGUCCCAGCCCCCGGACUUCCGGGUCCGGUCCUCUGGGUCGGUGGGCCGCGGUCAUUAUGGAGGAACCUGAGAUGCAGCUCAAGGGAAAGAAAGUCACAGACAAGUUCACCGAGAGCGUCUACGUCCUGGCCAACGAGCCCUCAGUGGCCCUGUACCGGCUGCAGGAGCAUGUGCGCCGCUCCCUGCCCGAGCUGGCCCAACACAAGGCCGACAUGCAGCGGUGGGAGGAACAGAGCCAGGGAGCCAUCUACACUGUGGAGUACGCCUGCAGCGCCGUGAAGAACCUGGUGGACAGCAGCGUCUACUUCCGCAGCGUGGAGGGGCUGCUCAAGCAGGCCAUCAGCAUCCGGGACCACAUGAACGCCAGCGCGCAGGGCCACAGCCCCGAGGAACCUCCCCCGUCCUCCUCAGCCUGAUGGCAAAAGAGACUUGGGGGCCCCUGUGCCUCCCCCAACCCAGAAGAGGAAACCGAGGCUCAGAGAGGUGAGACAGCCAGCAUGGGGUCACCACGCAUGCCCGGGAGCGCCAGGAUCCCCACCCAGACCCUCCGAUCCCCAGCCGGGCGUCCCCCUUGGCGACCAGGUCACCCCCGGGGUCCGCGUCUACGACCACACCCCGACUCCGGCCCCCCAGCCUGGCCAAAGUGGGCGCCUGGACACGGCCUCGUGGGCCGACAGGGACCGAAGGCCCAGCAAGCGCGACCGGCGCCUCCUGCUCCCACCUGGAGCUUCCACGCCCAGCUGCGAAUGUCCCGGACUCGGCUUUGCCGCUCCCGGACUCUUACCCAGCCCCCGUCAGCGGUGGACGUGGCCCCUGGGACCAGUGGCUGCCACCCCCACAGUCCUGACCCUGCGCCCAGCCCUGCGCCGGAGGCGGCGUGAGGAUCCUCCCGUUUCACCUGCAGCCCGCGAGGCAGGUCUCGCCCCAAACACGGAUGGGAAGGGAGGCUCCCAGAGGGCACACGUCUGGCGCCAGGCCUCACAGCGAGAGAAGAGGAGACCCUCGGCCCCAGCCCUGCCUCUGACGGGCCGCCUGACCCGGGGCCUGGCGCUGGCCCUCUCGGGUUCCGUCUUUCUCUGCCUGGACGGGGCCUUCUCCACGGGACGAGGUGGACACGCUCGGACCUGCCCGCCCAGCCCGGGUUCUGCUUCAAGCAGCAGCUUCCGCCCCAGGCCCUGACUGCACGGGGAAUCCGCCCCUAGCUCCAGGGGUGGCCGUGUGUCCUGGCCAGUCACAGCCCCCCACCUCCCAGAUCACGGUGAUUGGUUGGAGACGGGCACGUGACCCAACAAGAGGGCUUCCCUGGGAAUGCUGCUGGAAGCAUGGAGAAGGGGCGUCACCUGAGAGCACUCCCUGCGGCCCGGCCCCAGCUGUACCCGACGCUAGCCAGUCUCAAGUCUUCAGUUUCAUGAGCCCCCAGAUCGCCAUUUUUGCCAAAAUUUGCUUUGAGUGUGUUUCUGUGGCCAUUUUUGCCAAAAUUUGCUUUGAGUGUGUUUCUGCGGCCACGCGCAGAAGCGCCUGCCCUCAUGCCUGUGAAUGCCAAGCCUGGGUGGUCACGUGUCUGCGGUUCGUACACCUCCAAGAGCCAGCGCAGUGUCAGCCCCGGGGUCCUUGGUUCCAGUAAAAUGCAUGAGAAAGAGCA